AAAAAGGAAAAAAAGGGGGAAAAAAUCGCAGGAGUAGCUUGCUUCCUCUCUUUCUGCCACGCUCCCAACGCAAACUACAAAGCUCCUGGCAGUAUGCUUCUCCGCCCUUGUACUCUCGGCUCCUCCGCCGAACCCCUCCUUCUCUCCUUCUCCUCCUCCUCCUCCUCGCCCAACCUCUCCUCGAUUCGUCGAAUCCCUAAAGCUCUUAUCCCCAUCUCCCCCCUGCCCGAAGGCUUCCCAACCCUAGCUCCGAUCCGUCGCGCCCUCCCUUCUCGCCACGCGCUAUUGCGCUGCUCCGCGAGGCGCAUCGAGGAUGCCGCGCCGUCGAUCCGUGAGACGGCGGAGGAGGUGCGGGAGGCCGAUGCGAGGGUGGUGGAGGGGGAGGCGGCAGGCCGCGACGGAGCGGGAGGGGCCGGGCUGAGCGUGGCGGUCGGAAGCCCUAAGCUUCCGUUGUGUCUGAGUAUGUAUCGAAUGAGCCUGGGGGAUCAGGCGUUCUUUCUCUUGGCGUUCAUCGCUUCGACGACUUCUAUCGCAUUUACCAGCUUAGUGAUUGCAACUAUUCCAACACUAUUUGCAAUGAAGAGAGCUGCAACAUCUCUUGCAAGGUUGGCAGAUACUGCUCGAGAGGAGAUUCCUAGUACCAUGGCUGCAAUCAGACUCUCAGGCAUGGAGAUCAGUGAUCUUACUUUGGAAUUGAGUGAUUUGAGCCAAGAAAUAGCUGAUGGUGUUAGCAAAUCAGCACAGGCUAUGCAGGCUGCAGAAGCUGGAAUCCGGCAGAUUGGUGCCUCAGCUCGGCAGCAGACCAUGUCAAUGAUACAGGAACGAGCAAACUUGCCCAACAUUUCUCUGCAACCUGUGGUAGCCGGUGCUGCAAGGAAAACUUCUCAUGUUGUUGGCCAGGCUAAGAAGACUUUCAUGAAUAUUAUUUCACGUGGUAAUGAGUAUAGCUCAGAGGGUGAAGACAUGUCCAGCAAAGCGGAGUUUUGAUCAUGCAAAAAAUGACUCUGGAAGCAAGAGUGCUUCAGUUUUUAAUGUUCAACUGCUAUAGUUAGCAGCAGUUGAUCUGGCGUCAUCUUUGUCCAAAAGGUUGGUGCUGAUCUUAGUUCAUCUACAUUUAGAUUAAGACUCGGAACAAUUUAAGGUAUGAUCUAACACCGUUGUAGAUCUUUGCAUUCUAAUAUUUGUUAAGCAAGAUGUUGUCAAUAAAUAUUACGGGCAUCUAGUUAUGUGGUUGUUCAUUCUCUCUUAGUUCUGCAGCACUAGUAACAUUGAUAAACUUGUGGGUUGUUUGAGGCCACACUUAUUACAAUAUUUUCACAAUGUCAUAUUCUUUGUCA